AUGGCGCCUGCAGCUCUGACGGGCUUCCUUGCCCUGUGUGCCUGGCUUCUGCUGACAUCUGGCUUUGCUGGAGCCGGCAAGCUGCUGGUUGUACCCAUGAGCGGGAGUCACUGGCUCAGCAUGCGUGUCGUGGUGGAGAAACUCAGCCAGAGGGGGCACGAGGUGGUGGUGGUCAUGCCCGAGGUGGGUUGGCACCUGGACAAAUCCCCCAACUACACGGUGAAGAUUUACUCAACUUUUUACACAAUGGAGGACCUGGACCGCUCAUUCAAGCUCUUCCUCAAUUCUCAAUGGAAACAUCAGCCUUUGAAUUUAUAUUCUAUAUUAAUGGGUCCAGCUUUCGAUGUGUUUGAAUACUUUUUUUCACAUUGUAAGAGUUUGUUUAAUGACAAGAAGUUAGUAGAAUUCAUAAGAGACAGCUCUUUUGAUGUAGUGCUUACAGAUCCUUUUGAUAUGUGUGGCUUAAUUGUUGCCAAGUAUUUCUCACUCCCAUCUGUGGUCUUCGCCAGGGGAGCAUUUUGCCAUUAUCUCGAAGAAGGCACGCAGGCCCCCAGUCCUGUUUCUUAUGUUCCGAGAGAAUUCUUGGGGCUCUCGGACACCAUGACUUUCACACAGAGAGUAAGAAACCAAAUUUUCCACUUGGAGGAGCACUUGAUUUGCAGCUAUUUUUUUAAACGUGUUACAGAGACUCUCUCUGAGAUUUUCCAGAAGUCAGUCCCUCUUUAUGACCUUUAUAGUCUUCCAUCGAUUUGGUUGUUGCGAACUGACUUUGUUUUGGACUACCCCAAGCCUGUGAUGCCCAACAUGGUCUUCAUAGGAGGUAUCAACUGUGAGCAGAGAAAGCCUCUGAGCCAGGUGGGUCACCUCUCCUUGAGCCCCUAA